AUAGACGAAAUGACCAACCAGUCUUCUAUGUUUGUUCUGAUGGGAUUUUCUGAUGACCCAGAUUUGCAAAUGUUGCAUUCUGUGAUGUUCCUUAUUGUUUACAUAACAGCCUUAAUGGGGAAUUGUCUCAUCAUAAUUGCGGUAGCAACUGACCACCACCUUCAUGGUCCAAUGUACUUCUUUUUGGUCAACCUUUCCCUUUUAGAUAUUUGUUCCAUCUCCACAACAAUCCCAAAAUCCAUAGUUGUUUCAUUGACAAAUAACAAAGGGAUUUCCUUUGCUGGAUGUGUCACACAGAUCUUUUUAAUGGUCAUGUUUGUUGGUGGGGAGCUUGCUCUGUUAACUCUCAUGGCUUAUGACCGUUAUGUAGCCAUCUGUCGUCCUCUGCAUUAUAUGCUGAUCAUGAAUUGGAAUGCCUGCAUUCAAAUGGUAGCAAUCUCCUUCAUAUGUAAUCUGAUCCAUGCAGCAUUAGAAACUAGUGUGACUUUUAAAUUAAACUUCUGUGGGUCCAAUGCAAUUGGCCAAUAUUUCUGUGAUAUUCCUCAAUUACAAAAGAUUUCUUGCACAGAUACAAAAAUCAAUCAAAUGUUGAUCUUUGUUGCUGGGUUCUUUUUGGACUCAUUUAUUUUUAUAUUCAUAUUUGUUUCCUAUGCUUAUAUCUUCUCCACAGUGAUGAAAAUGCCAAAAGUUAAAAGCAGAUAUAAAGUUUUUUCUACCUGCACUCCCCACUUAACUGUUUUUUUUCUAUUUAUGACUACUGCAGUAUUUUCCUAUAUGAGGCCCCAAUCGCUCUCUACUCCUUCUGUGGACUUGCUUUCUGCUGUUUUGUACACAACGUUGCCACCAAUUUUGAAUCCUAUUAUUUAUAGCUUUAGGAACAAGGACCUACAAAAGGCUCUCAUAAAAAUGCUCAAAAGAAAAAGCAUUUCAUAG